CGGCAGUAGGUGUUCAUCGUUUCGCCAGUGUCUCCCUGUGCGUUGAACGGUCUGCGACCUUUUGCCGAGUGACUGCAACAUGCAAGCUGUCAUGGAUACACUCGUAGAAGAUGAUAUCUGCAUUCUAAAUCAUGAAAAAGCCCAUAGGAGAGAUACAGUGACUCCGGUCUCAAUAUAUUCAGAUGAGUCUGUUGCUUCACAUUUUGCCCUUGUCACUGCAUAUGAAGACAUCAAAAAACGACUCAAGGAUUCAGAAAAAGAGAACUCUUUCCUAAAGAAAAGAAUAAGAUUUUUGGAAGAAAAGCUUACAGGUGCUUUAUUAGAUGAAGAAACAAGUUCUGUGGGACGAGAACAAGUAAAUAAGGCCUAUCAUGCAUAUCGAGAGGUUUGCAUUGAUAGAGAUAAUUUAAAGAGCAAAUUGGAUAAAAUGAAUAAAGACAACUCUGAAUCUUUGAAAGUAUUGAAUGAACAGCUGCAGUCUAAAGAAGUAGAACUCCUCCAGCUAAGAACAGAGGUGGAAACUCAGCAGGUGAUAAGGAAUUUAAAUCCACCUUCAUCAAACUGGGAGGUGGAAAAGCUGAGUUGUGACCUGAAGAUCCAUGGCUUGGAACAAGAACUAGAACCGAUGAAGAAAGAAUGUAAUGAUCUCAGACAAGAGCUACAAAAAGCCAAACAAACGGAUCCAUCUCAGGAAGACAAUCUGCAGAGCAGAGAUCUCCAAAGACUAAGCAUUUCAAGUGAUGAUGUGCAAAAUGUAUACUGGGAGCUGAAGAGAGAAAUGUCUAAUUUACAUCUGGUGACUCAAGUACAGGUUGAACUACUAAGAAAACUGAAAACCCCAACUGCGAUCAAGAAAGCGUGUGCCCCUGUAGGAUUCAUGGAAGACCUUGGGAAAGAAAGCACAAAACUGCACUUGACGAAUUUCACUGCAACAUACAAAAGACACCCCCCUCUCUCACCAAAUGGCAAAACUCUUUGUCAUACCACAUCUCCCCCUUUACCAGGAGAUGUAAAGAUUUUAUCAGAGAAAGCAAUUCUCCAAUCAUGGACAGAUAACGAGAGACCUAUUCCUCACGACUGUUCAAACUUUCAGGAACACUACUCAUAUGGCAGAAAUUCUCUGGAAGACAAUUCUUGGGUACUCCCAAGCCCUCCUAAAUCAAGUGAAACAGCAUUUGGGGAAACUAAAAAUAAAACUUUGCCUUUACGCAUCCUGCCACCCCAGCAUAACUUGGAUCAACGUAAUCAAAACCUUUAUAAGAAGAAUUAA